CCCAGUUGUGUCAUAGUUUAAUGUCAAAUACAGUUUUAAAUAUUUUAAUUUUGGCAAAUAAUAACUUGUGUCAAACAUGUGGUUUUCAUUUAGCUAAAAUGUUAAACAUAAAUAAAAGUUUAAAGAAUAUCGAUUUAAGUUGGAAUUGUGUAGGUGAAACGGGAGCAGAAUUAAUAAUGAAAUCUUUAAAAAACAAUGAAAUUCUUUUAGAACUAAAUAUUCAAGGAAAUUCUGUAUCUAUGGAAUUGUCUUCUAUGAUAGCUGAACAACUAAAACAGAAUAAAUCAAAUGAAAUAAAUCAAAAAGAAGUUCAAGUCAGAAACUUAAGUCUCCUUGAACAUGUAGCAUCAGUUGAUAAAAAUUAUCAAACACAAUUGAACAUUCUUAACAAUCAAUAUCAUAACCGUGUCGAUGAACUACAAUCAAACCUACAACUUCUCCAAUUAAAAAAUCAAGAACAAAAACAAGAACUUGAAGAAUUAAAAAAAAAAAGUUUAAAAGACCAAGAAGAUUAUAUACUUAUUUCAAACCAAAUCAAAAAGAUAAAAUCAGAAGCAUCUUUUAAUAAACAAAGUUUAAAAUCACUUAUAACAAAAAUAAGCAAUGAAAUUCCAAAUUCUCAUAUGGAAAACAUGAAUUUAGAGGACUUAGAUAAAAUAUUUUAUAUUAUUUCAAAAAUUAAAAAAAACUGUGACAUUAAAGUUUUACAAGAAAAAAAAGAAUGCCAACGAUUAGUAGAAGCUUUACCAAAAUUGACAAAUGAACUAAAGACAUUAAAAGAAGAAUGGGAAAAUUUUAAAUCUUCAACAGAACUAAACAUAAAAGAUUAUUCUGACGAACUAAUAGCUAUUAAAAAGUUACUUCUUACAAAUAUGUAUCAUCGUAAAAUUUCAAAUAUAAUUAGUAAUGAAAUAAAUAAGAACAAUUUAAUUAGACAACGAGAAGAAAUACAAAUUUAUGAUAAACAGACAAAUGUAUUACUUUUGUUAAAUACAAAGAUAAAAACACUACAUAAAGAAAAGUCAGAUUUAGAAAUUAAAUUAGCAGAAGCUGAAAUAAAGUCUGUUGAAGCUAAUGAGACAAUGAAAGUACUUCAAAACGAUUUGAUAUUGGCUAAAGAUGAAUUGAUAAAGUUAAAUAAAACAGAAAUAUAUAAUAUAGCUGCUCAAACAACAAGUGAUACAUUAGCCAAGGAAAUAGAUAUUUUAAAAACUAAUCUUGCUGAAAAAGAUAAUCAACUAAGACUCUCUAAAAUGGAAAUAGAUAAAAUUAAUAUCAAUCAUGAAACUGAAUUAAUAAAUCUUGAGAAAAAAUUUCAAUCAGAAUUCCAAGCAUUUAAAGAAAAAAGGAAAGAAGAUUUAAACCAAAGUGAGAAGAUGUGUUUAAUGUUUCAAAAAUAUGUUGCUAAAUUGAAAAAAGAUAACUUGCAAUACAUGAAUAAUGACCAGUGA